AUGGAAAACUUGAACCAUGCUGAAUCUUCUUCUUCUUCUUCCAAUCAAGACCUUCGAAGACGCAUCAAAUAUCUUCCCCAACCUCAACUCGUUGAUGUUCUCUGUAAUAUAGCCUCCCAACAUCCUUCAAUCGCACAAGAAAUUGAAGCUCUUACAACCGUGACUCCCCAUCGAACGCUUUUCGUUCGUAACUUGUCCUCCAGAACAAAUUCACGACUCUUACGUCGUGCAUUUCAAAGGUAUGGAGAAAUUGAGGAAGCGUUUGUGGUUUGUGAUAGAGUCACAAAAAUAUCCAAGAACUAUGGAUUUGUCACUUAUAAAGAUGUUAAAUCAGUUCAGGAUGCGUUGAUUCAACCUAGCAAAGAUAUUGAUGGAUCAAUGGCUGUAUGUGAUGUAGCUGAUGAGCGCCACAGGAGAAAUAAUAUUAGUAGUGAUCCUGAUUUGUACCUCUUUAGGAAGCUUUAUGUUGGACAUUUAGCAGCAGGAGUAACAAGUGAAAAUCUGCGCAGCGAUUUUCAGAUUCAUGGUGAAAUAGAAGCAGCAGUUGUAAUGAGAAAUGCUAGAUAUGGAUUCGUUACGUACAAGACAGAAGAGGCUGCAAAGAAGGCUAUAGAUUACAACACUCUUCAUCCAACAUUUGCCGAAGGAAAAAAAAGGAUUGUGAAAUAUGCUAAUCGCCGGAGGGGUCCACGAGCUUUAGGUAGGACUCGAAGCCCAGAAAACGAGCAGCCUGAAGAUGAUUAUGUUGAUUCUCCAGUACCAUAUGCUCCACCUCCUGCACAUUCUCCUUAUGAGACAUAUGGUGUUUCCUAUCCUCAUAUUUCUGCAAUGACAGACCAAUUUGGGAACCCGUAUUACUAUGACUAUUCCUAUCCCUACCAGUGA